AUGUUUCCAGUGGCAUGGGGUAUUGUCUCAUGUGAGGAUGAAGAGAGUUGGAAGUUUUUCAUUUGGCAUCUUAAGCAUGUAUUAGAACCAAGUAAAAGAGGCGACAAUUGGUGCAUAAUAUCUGACAGACAGAAGGGAAUUGACAAGGCUCUCACUGAUUUGUGGCCUAAGGUGCAAAAAAGGUAUUGUUGCAGACACCUUAGUGCCAACUGGAAGAAGUCUUUUCAUGGGCCUAAGUUAUGGCAAUUGUAUUGGCUAGCAUGUGGGGCUUUCUCACCGUACACAUUUGCAAAGGCUAUGAAUGAGAUUGAAAAAAACAACCCUGCUGCAAGGAUAUGGCUUGCUAAUUUGGGUCCACAGGAGAGAUGGACAAAACAUAGGUUUGACCCUGAAUUGAAGUGUGAUGUUAACACCACAAAUUUUGUAGAAAGCUUCAAUGCCACCCUAGGAACUGAUAGGUGUAAGCCAGUGUUAAGUUUGUUAGAGGGAAUUAGGAGAGUAACAAUGGUUAGGUUAGCAACAAGGAGGAAAAAGUGUGAAGAAUGGGAGAGGCUGUGUCCAAAUAUUGCGAAGAGAGUUCAAGUAUUAUGCAAUGAGAGUAGGUCAUGCAGGGCUUUCAUGUCUAGUCCAGGGGAGUAUGAGGUGGUGGAGGGUAAAUCAACUAUGGCUGUCAGUUUAAACCAACGCACAUGCCAUUGCAAUGUCUGGCAACUCACUGGGAUACCAUGUAGGCAUGCAAUGAGAGCGAUACUUCAUGAAGGUCUUGAUCCACAAUCCUUGGUUGAUGAUUGGUAUUCAGGUAAGUGGCCACCAACUGAACACCCUGCUAUACUACCUCCUGUGCUGAAAAGAGGUGUUGGUAGGCCUUGUAGGAACCGAAAGAGAGGUGAUGAUGAAGAGAGGAAGGCAAAGAGGAGGAAGAAAAUUAAAUGUGGGAAGUGUGGGGAUUUUGGUCACAACAAGUCCAGCUGCAAGGGAGGGCCAACAAAAAAACAGAAGGCAGCAGCAUCUUCUUCAACUUUGAAGUGCAAGGGAAAGAGCAAAGCAAAAUGA